GGCUGGCCGGUCAGCUGUCCCCUCUCCUCCCCUACUCCUGUGCCACUUAGCUUCCCUGUUCCAGCUGUUACUCUCACCAUGACCACAGCGCUCCUCAGGACCCUGGCCCAUCUCUGAGCCCUGGAAUCCUCAGACUCCUCCCUGGGCCAUGGCCAACUCCGGCCUCCAGCUCCUGGGCUACUUCCUAGCCCUGGGUGGCUGGGUGGGCAUCAUCGCCAGCACUGCCCUGCCACAGUGGAAGCAGUCCUCCUAUGCAGGCGACGCCAUCAUCACUGCCGUGGGCCUCUAUGAAGGGCUGUGGAUGUCUUGCGCUUCUCAGAGCACGGGGCAGGUGCAAUGCAAGCUCUAUGAUUCGCUUCUGGCCCUGGACGGUCACAUCCAGUCAGCGAGAGCCCUGAUGGUCAUGGCAGUGCUGCUGGGCUUUGUGGCCAUGGUGCUCAGUGUCGUGGGCAUGAAGUGCACUCGGGUUGGAGACAGUAACCCCAUCGCCAAGGGCCGUGUGGCCAUCUCCGGGGGUGUCCUCUUCCUCUUGGCAGGUCUCUGUACCUUGACCGCUGUCUCGUGGUAUGCUACCCUGGUGACCAAGGAAUUCUUCAACCCCAGCACUCCUGUCAACGCCAGGUAUGAAUUUGGUCCAGCUCUGUUUGUCGGCUGGGCCUCUGCUGGCCUGGCCAUGCUGGGGGGCUCCUUUCUUUGCUGCACAUGUCCAGAGCCGGAGAGAGUCAACAGCAUCCCACAGCCUUAUCGCUCUGGACCCUCAACUGCUGCCCGAGAACCGGUUGUUAAAUUGCCCGCCUCCAUCAAGGGCCCCUUGGGUGUGUAAAGUUCGGGUUCCCAGCCAGGCCCUCCCCACUACCACAUCUAGACGGUGUGUUUGGUACUUUAUGGAAAGAGAAGCGAAUAUUCAGCCCCGAGUGUGAUGUCAUCCUGUCUGUUCCCACGCGCCUAGGGUGGGGUCUGGACUAGAGAGGUCAGAACCAACUCCUAGGGCUAUUGCGCUGGGCUCGAGGAUGCAGGCAGAGGAAGCAGGGAGCAUGUACAGUUCCUGCUCCCUAAGCUGCCUGCCCCACCUUGGAGUUUGGUACCAGGACUUGGAUGAUGGGAACCCACAGCUAGUCCUAGAGGCCACCUAAAGCCUGGCCUAGGAAGGGUGCAGGACCUCAGGGAACCCCUGGCAUGAAGACCAUCCCAUAGGUAGGUAGAAUGUCCUAAGCUCUCCUUGGGAGCCCUCCUGAAGAAAAGGACAAUCUCUGUAAGGCCCAACUAAGGACUGGGUCACAGCUGAGUGACGGGACACUGUAGGAGCUCCCUCAGUGAGGAAGAGGACAGAGAGGACUGUCCUGCGCAGACUCCAAAGCCCUCGGCUCAGCUCUCACCCUAAUCCUACAGUGAUUGUCAGCUUCCUUGUGCUGAAGUGCGGUCAGGGGACAGGGCUGUGGGUCUUUGAGGCCAGGUAUGACCUUCUAGAAGAGGUAAAGUCCUUGGAGGAACUGAGGGGAAAAAAGCUCAGCAAAGGGCCAGCCGUGUCCUUCAUCCUCAGUGCUCCCAUCCAGAGUGCGCUGGCCCCUGCCUUCACUUGUGGGCUUCUGCCACUCAACCCUCUCCCUGGACUCCAGGUCUGUCCCUCUCCUGAGAAGAGACAUCCACCACUACCCCUCUCAUGCUUCCAAUAUGCCUUCCUAGCUAGCUAGCUAGCGCCAGCUUCUUCCACUUCUAGUCUGUGACCAUAUCUCCCGCCAAGUGACUGAACCCCCAGAACCUUGUUCAGCUUCUUGAAGACUGUGCAAUCCCGGGGUGCAAAGACCAAAACACUACAGCUGACAGUGGUGGAGGAGGAGGGAAGCAGGCACAGAGAUGCUAUGGCCAGAUAAUGAUAUACCUGCUAAACUGCUGGCCAAUUAAUCUUCUGAUUGGUGGCAGCCGUCAACCCCCAUGGACGCUUCUGAUUCUAAACAGGUUUCCUGAGCGAGGCCCCUUGAGCUGUGAGAACUGCAGCUGAGUCCUCUCUGGGUGCCCGAAAGCAUCAGAGGGUUCCUGGCCUUAGGUGCACAUUGGAGUCUCUUAGAAGUGGAUGCCCAGCCUCCUCCCAGACACGAAGACUUAGUUGGUCGGGUGAGCCCGGGCAUCAGAAUUCACAGUUCCUUUGCAGUGUGUGCUUCACACUGGCGGUACUUCCUUGAGGCCUACACUCAGACCCUCUGAAUCACCUGUGGAGGGCGGAAGGAGCCUGCCAGAAGAGGGUGGGGGAGAGGCAAGACCAGAAAGGAAGUUUCAUCCACCUCCUGCCUCUCCGGAAUCCAAACCCCUGGAGGAGACGCCCACAUCCUUCCCAUCCAUGUUCCUUUGUCCUUAAUGAUUUCCACUUUGAAUCCUGUCACACGCAGCCCGACUAACAGAGUUUGUAGCCUAGGAACCUAGUGUGACACAGAUGUCCCCUUCCCGGGUCUGGUACUCAGCAGCAUUUGAGUAUGAAGCUGGCAGGAAACUUUGUGUGCCCUCUUAAGAGUCUGAGGGCUAGGAGGCUCAAAAUUUGGUGGGGGAAUUUGGAGGCAGAAUGUACUGGCUACAUCUUGUGGUUGUCAGGGGCAGGCUGUGGGCGAAGAGAGCUCCAUGCAAGGACGGGACCUGGAAGUAGGGUGGCAUUAUCUGUUUCUCCACUUAAGGAAGCCCACUCUUCCCCAUCCUGGGGACCGGAAGGGCAGAGGGUCAGUCCUUAAUGAAUUACACAACCAAUUUAGGCGGUGAUUAAAACCGUGAGGUACUGGGGUGGGGAGGAAGUGUGUGGGAGACAAUGAAGGAGUGA